CGCUCGCCGACCGUGUAGGUAUUCCUUCUCCAACCCCGGUCGCUUUCCCUGUCACAUUUUCUUGCCUUCUUGUUCCUUCACUCUUAUCUCCUCUUCAUCCGACCCUCUUCAACCGUUUAUCUCAGUCAACGUUCAUUUCUACCAUAUUAUGAUCAAAUCCCACUUCGCCUGUUGACAAUCCCCGUUAUCGCUCCACCAUGAUCAGUGCCACUAAGCGCUGGUUCCGGCGGAAUCGCAAGGGCCUCGCGAUUGGAGCUGGCGUGAUCGGAGCUGGCUAUCUCGCCGGUCAGUAUCUGUUGGGCAAAAUCUCUGAGGCAAGAGAGCGUAUGGGGAGUGACCGUGUUGCUCGUGAGAACCUACGGAGACGCUUCGAACAGAACCAGACCGAUUGUACCUACACGGUUCUAGCACUUCUGCCCACUGCAGCUGAGGAUAUACUGGAGGCAUUGCCGGUCGAGGAAUUGACGAAGGAGCUGCAAAAGAAGCGCGCGGAGCGCUUGGCUCGCCUCGGCACGGCUGAAGGAACAGGUUCUGAUUUGAGCUCAAUUUCUCCGAGUAUCACAGAGGAUGAUCGCCGGAGUCUCUCUAGCUUCCAGAGUGAUGGCUUCGUUCGUGCGAGUCAAAUGGGAGAAUCUACACUCGAAGGAGGGGGACCGUUGCCGUCGCCAAAGCGAAACAAGACCCAGCUCUGGAAUGAGGUUAAAAUCACCUCUAUUACUAGGUCUUUCACGCUGAUCUAUACCCUAUCCUUGCUAACCAUUUUCACCCGAAUUCAACUCAACCUUCUUGGCCGUCGAAACUAUCUGUCUAGUGUGAUUUCUAUGGCCACACCCCCAGCCAAUGCAUCUACAAUCAGACUUGAAGACCAUGAUGACGACGAUCUGACGCAGACCCUGGGCAACGACUUUGAAACCAACCGGCGCUAUCUGGCUUUCAGUUGGUGGCUUCUUCACCGCGGCUGGAAACAAUUGAUGGAGGAGGUGCGGACUGCCGUGACGGAAGUGUUCGGGUCUUACAACCCCAGAGAGGAUAUCUCUCGAGGAAAGCUGGCAGAGCUUACACUGCAAGUGCGAAGGAAGGUCGAAGGGAAUACCGAGGAGGAUCGGAAAUGCCGAAAUUGGCUAUCCUAUCUGCUUCCCCCAAGAGAGGAAGAAGAUCACUUGUUGGAGGAGUCCGGUGUCUUAGGAGUAACGGAACCUUCGACACCUCAAACCAUCACAACGCUGCGGCACCUCCUGGACGAGACAGCCGACCUUAUCGAAUCUCCAACAUUCACCCGCGUUGUGUUACUUCUCAACAACGAGUGCUUUGAGACCCUGGUUCAGCAAUGCACAGCAGAAGCUUUUAAGUCAUCGCAAACGCCCGCCCCUCAGUCGGUUACAUCUGUUGCUACGGUCGUUCCUGGGUGGGCUAGCUCGGAACAGAAGACCAAGCUAGCAAAUGUGUUGGCCGUAAUGGCUCGACAAGCCCAUGUGAUCAGUAAUGGCACCGCCCCUCCCAACUUAUACCUAAAUGCCAUGGAGCAAGGAGUUCGAGAGUUGGAAGCUUUUGCAGCUGUUGUUUAUAGCUCCAACUUCAACUCUGAAUUGCUCGAGUCUAAUCCGAACAAGCAAUCCACGAGAGUGCCGCUAGAAGCAACCUCCGAUACUCCCUCCCCCUCUUCCUCCUCUGGCCCAAUUAUGGUGGAUACUGAGGACAUUGAGGGCCUGGCGGUUCAGUCGAUCUCGGGGCUGACAGUGGCUGACGAUACAACCUUUGAGACGGCGUGGGGCAAAGCUGUCGAGGACCAACCAUCAGCGGGAUCACCUUCAUGAUGUGUAUGAUUGCCGUUAUCUCCGUGAAGAGAUUACUCCUUUGAUUGAACUUGUAAUGAGGCUCCCCCUUCUUAUAUAUGCUCGCACGACCGGUGCUACAGCAGAUACCAUGGAUGUGUCAACAGAUCCCCUUGACAUAUCGCUAGAGUUGAUAGUCACUAGCACAUAGGCGAUGAGAUUAUCAGGCGCUGGAAAUGGGCAAAUGUAUGAUUCAUGU